AGGAAUUCUGGGUGAAGGUACAUAGGGAUUCUUGCUACUUUUUACAAUUCCUUGUGACUAUAAAAUUUAUUUUCUAAAAUUUUUUUUAGAUGUUCAUAUUUAUUUAUAUGUAUUGCUGAGAAUCAAACCCAGUGCCUCACACAAGCUAGGCAAUGCUCUACCACUGAGCCACAGCCCCAGCCCUAAAAUUAUAUUUUUAAAAAAUGAAAAAAAUUGGUAUAAGAUUCUAUUAUCUAUGCUGAUAAUAAACUAUGAAAAACAUCAACUCUGUCUUACAUUUCUGCCUAAACCUAUUCCACACUUUCCUAUUUGUAGCUCUCCUUUCUCUUCCCUCCUCCUCCCUCAUCUUUGGAAAUAAGCAUACUAAAGCAAAGUCUCUUAAAAUUGCAGCUUUCUAAAGCAGUUUUCCAGAACUUCGUGACUUUGCUGUUACUCUCCAUUUCCCAUCACUCCCCCCAGAGAAGCAGCUAAAUUCCUCAUAUUUAUUUAAGGGGGGCUUCCUGAGGUCCACUGCCUUAUGGUGUCUUUGCCUUUUACUUAUAAGAGGAAUCUUGAUGAGUUCCAUUUUCUAGGGAUUGCUUCAAAGAAGAGUCCUUUGUAGCCUGGGCUGUUCUUUUCAUACUGAUACUCCCUGCAAGAACACAAAGUGUAUGUCAUGCUAGGCACCCAGAAAAAGAUUACUGGAAGACACACAACAAGGUAUUAAAUAAAUUAGAGAAUUAAAAAGAAUAUUUUUCACUUACAAGAGAGACCAGACUCAAAAUUGCUUCUGAAGAGCCACCUCACUUGAUUUCAUCAUAAAACAGAUGCAAUGAUUUCUCAUAAAUUCCAUCUGUUAUAUAAUAAAAUAUCUAUGUAUUAUAUACCGAAAAAAAUUUUUUUGCAGCUUUCAUAUGAAGAGGACCCUAACAUUUUAUAAUACAACAUCUAAUCCUGGCUAUAUCCAGAUUUUGUGCCAAUGUUAAGGACUUUUCAAAUCCUGCCCUGGCCCAUAAAUUCCAAAACUCCUUGAACCUAUUCAAGAAGUUCAUCUUUUCCUGGCUCCAGGAGAUGAAAAAUUGUACAUUGCAAACAAACAACAACAAUAAUCACUGAAAAAUUAUCUAUUUUAUCUAAAAAGCAAAAGAAGUAGAAGCCUCUAAACGACAGUAAUGGGGCCCGAUGAUAGGCUUUAGGAUUCAAAUUACAAUUUCCUUAGCCCAAGAGGGAUCCGAUCCUCUUUAGUGAAGGAGGAAAAACUCUUCAAACUGACAUGAAUAGUACUAUAAAAUCCUACAACUGUUUUUGUAAGUGCAAAAUUCUAUUUUUUAUAAUUAUAAAAUUAUGAGGUGAUAGAUCAGCUUUCACCAGUCUGAUUUGCCUUGUGCUCUUUCUCAUUUCCUCUUUCUCAUUUCCCCCCUUUCCUCUCCUUCCCUUUCCUCUAAUCUUGGCAAAAUUUUAUGAAUUAAUCAAAAAAAGCACUCAGGUGUUAUUUACAUACUUAUCCAGUCCAGAUAAAAUUCAAAUGAUUUUUUAAGUUUCUUAAGCUUUACUCAUAUUGGCUUUUAAAAAUUUUUUCUUGCUAAAAGUAACAGAAGAGAAAAAAGUUAGCCAUGAGCUAGAAUAACGGCCUUGGUUACUAUGUUGUAAGAUAUGAAAGGCAGGAAAACUAGAACAUUUUGAUGUGAUUUAAAUUUUUGGUUUAAGAAUAUUGAGGUCUGUUGAAUAUAAACAUUAGAGAGUUUUAUUAGAGAAUAAUCCAGGUAAUACUCCUGAUGAUAUCCCUUUAGACAAAUUGAAAUGAAUUUAGUUUAAAAACAACUGUGCUGACACACUGUUUUUACCAUCAUGUAAAAUGUCAGUACAAAGUGCUCGUCUGUACAAGACUUGGAUUUAGUUUUUUUAGGAUUUAAAUUCUCUAAAACUUGGAUUAUGGAUCUUGAUUUAAUCAUGUGAAAUUCUUAUGCUACAAAUCAUAAGGAUUAAGUGUAUAAACAUGAAUUGUAAUUUUUAGAUCUACAGUUUUAAGAACUUAGGCUCAUAUUUACUAGAUUUAAUUAAUAAACAGUAUUUAGAUACUCUGACAAUUUCUAAGAUAUAAAACAAUGGUCACUCAACAUGGCUUUAACCUUGUCUUCUAUUUUUAUACACUGUAGAAUGACUAAAGAGUAAUCAAGUCCAAAUGUCUUUGAUAAUAUUUUUUGAAUUUAAAAUCUAUAAAUGAUAUAAAAUGUAUAGUCAUGGAAGAAAAAAUUUAGUUUCUGGUGUUAUAUAUACCAGUUCUCUCUGUUGAAAAGAAAUACGUUAUUUUGGUUAAGGUAAAAAUUAAUAAAAUGGUUGAGACCACACCAGAAUACAGUUACAAAGUAAUACAUCUCAUGAGAUAAUGAAUGUGAGGACCUCGUGUAUAUAGUUCAGUGGUAGAGCACUUACCUUACACACACAAUGGAAGUGUUUACUGGUUUAUUAAGGGAGCUGUUAAUCUCAUUAUGAUGAUAAAUUCAGUAUAAUGUAUGUUGGCUUAUUUAAUAUGUUCAUAAAGGUAAUUAUUUUAAAUUUAAUUUUAAAUUUAUUACAAUUUAUGUAUACCUAAACAAAUAUUUAGAAAGGCUUUAGAAAGUAUAUUAAUAAAGGGCAAAUUCUUCACAGUAAGUCAUUAUUUGGAUUACAAAGUCGAAUUAGAGUUUUCUUUCUAUAAAAUGACCGUUCAACUCCUUCUGUACUCAGAUAAACGUUAUUUUUGAAAAUAAAAUAUGGUGACUGGGAAAGGAGCCAAAACCAGUCACCUAUAAGGAGCCUAAGGGAUAGGGAUUUGGUUUAAAUAACCUUGCCAAAAUGUGGUUUGAAAUUCUUCUAGGAGUCAGUAUAAUGGGCAUGUGUUUUGUUUUCCUGGGAGUGGCCACUGUCUACAUCCAUAGGUUUGCUAAGGGGGGCAAGGAAAAAAGGGUUGCCCAUUUUCCCUAUAAGUGGAAUUUGAUGGAAAGACAUAUAUUUGGAGUUAAUCGUUAUUAUAAAUCAAAGGGUUUGGAGAACACGGAUUAAGGAAGCAUUUUCUUGAUUGAUGAAAAAAACUCAGUAUGGUCAUCUACCCCUGCUAGAAGGCUACUUGAUAUAUUAUGUAGCAUGCAGUGUGUUACAUAAUACAUGUUCAAAAUAAAGUUAAAACCACAAUAAAAUGAAAAAGAAAAAAAUAUGGUGAGAUCCCUAUACUUUUGGCAUACUCUUGAAGCAAAGUUCCUUGUUUUUGAAAAACUAAAUUUCCUAUAAUCAUCACCACGUACUUUUGCUGACCUUUUUACAGUAUCAAUAUGUAAAGAUUUCUUGCUUUUAAAUAACACUUCAUAUUUUGUUUCCUUGUCAACUCUUCUUUAAUUUGCCUUUUCCAAUUGAGAGUAAAACUGCUAUACUCUCUUUUGAGUAUCCUAGAAUGGCCAAAAGGUUAUUUGCUUCUGAAUCUUGUAAACAGUAGAAUAGAAAUGGUUAAAUUUAUUUGGUAUUUCCAAAUUUUAACCUAAAACCAUCAUUAUUUUCCAAUUAUAAAAUAACAAUAACUGACAAAUCAUUAGAAAAAAGUGAUUUAGUAUUAGAAAAACUACCUAUGAGUCUUGAUGCAAUGGGCCUUUUAAGGAGAUCUUAGGCACUUGAAUCUUAAAGUUUUCUAGGAGGAGAUGUCCUCUGAUGGAGACUGCUAAUUCAAGACCUGGAAGAGAUGGUGACAAAAUAUGGACACUUUCUACCUAACAUGGAAGAAUAAGAGUAAUCAAGAGUAAUUUUCUCAAGGCUCUGUUUGUUGUUGUUGUUCUUGUUUUUUUUUUUUUUUCUGAUUUAUUAGUUCUUUUUAGUUAUACUCCACAGCAGAAUCCAUUUUGAUAUAAACAUACAAGUACAGAAUGUAUUUUGUUCCAGUUAGGAUCCUCUUCUUAUGGAUGUACAAGACGGUGGGAUCCACGAUGUUGUUUUUAUAUAUGUACACAGGAAAACUAUGUCAGAUUCAUUCCACUGUCUUUCCUUUUCCUAUUCCCAAGUUCUUUUUUAUUCUUUUGCUUAGUUGCUAAUCUUAUUUGCUGUACUUUGGCACCCCCCAUCAAUCACCUAAAAGACUUCACAGAAUCCUUGCACAUAUUCUCACAGUUAAUUUAGAGCUGUUACUUUAAACACUACAGAUGGUUGAUUUUCUUCUACAGAUCCCUUCUGAUAUUUAAAUUUUCUUCACAUUUGUUGGCCCCAGACUUCAGCCUUUUAAAACAUGGAACUUACCCUAAGUCAAUAAAAUACUUCAGCUGAAAUCAUUACAGCAAAGCUCACUAGGACUGGGAACAGUACUGGAGCUAGCUUUCCUUGCUUCCACAAGGGUCAGUCUGUUCUCCUCAGACAUUAUACAGCCUGAUUCACAAGAACUCUUUACCUUCACUCAGGAAAUCUGCCUGCCUCAAGGAAAAAGCAGCUGGCUCACACUUGCUGUGAUACAUGUGCUCCCAAUACAUCACAAUGUAGGAGGUGCAGCUAAAACAGUGCACACAGGAAUAUUUCUAGCAUUCUAUACAAAUUCAGGACAUAAACAAGGAAGGAACACCUCCCCUAUUUUAAUGAGGCCCCCAAUUCCCAGAUAACAAAACCAAAGAUACUACAAGAAAACUAUAGACCAUGUCCUUCAUGGAUACAAAUGUAGAAAACCUGUGACCAAUUAUUAGCAAAUUGAAUAAAAAAAUAUAUAGUUGAUUCAACAUUCAAGAAAGGUACUUUCCUCCCUCAUGACCUUUAUAUGAUAGGCUUCUCAUUACUUAGCUCACACAGUGCCAGUUAAGUGUUGGGUACUGUUUCAAUCCCAAAGGUAUGAUGGGUAAAACAGUGCUCAAAACUAUCAAAAGUCCCUGAUUUCACAACACUUAUUGUGGAAGAGUGAAAUAAAUGUAAAAUCUGUCAGGUAAGUGUUAUAGAGAAGGAGAAAGAGGGUGAAGGAAACAGGGAAUGCAAAAGUGAGGGCAGAUUAAGGAGCUGCUAAGAUAAGAUGUUCGUUUAAUACAUAGUAUGGUUAAGGUAAGUUGUCUGCUGAAGCCCAAACUGCCAAAACAAAAAGGAAGUGAAAGCAGCAGCUUGUGGAUACCUGCAAGAAGUGUCACAGGCAAAGGGAAGGACAAGCGCCAAGGCCAAAGAUCUUAGGCAAAAUGGGGCAUGCCUAGUGUAUUUUUAGGAACAGAUUUGAGGCAACAAAUAAGGAAAAUAUUGAGAGAAGAUAAGGUAGAGAGGACACAGGGAAGGGCACGUACAGGCACUCCAGGCGUUAUAGGGCCUUUUAGGUCUCUAAGAUGGGAGCCAUGGGGUUGGGGGUUCACACAGGAGUAGCAUGAUCUGACAUUAUACUGGUUAGCUUAUAACUUAACUCCUAUUCCUUGAUCCAUCCACUUUAGACAAGAAUGCUCACUGAGCUGGGGGCAGUGAUGCACACUGGUAAUCCCAGAGACUCAGGAGGCUGAGGCAGGAGGAUCGAGAGUUCAAAGACAACCUCAGCAACUUAGUG